CGGUGCGCUUCGGACGCACGGGACAAGUUCUUCGCCCGACGUCUGUAUACUGUACAUCCUUUCACCUCCUUACCGCCGUCUGUAGUAUUUAUUAUCUUUUUCUUCGUCCAUUCUGGCAACGGGUAUGCUUCGAGUUCUGGCCCGCACGUCUCGUCUCCGGACCUAAUAGCGACGCGUACAUCGACGCACCUUAUUUGCUCUCUCCGACCGAGGCAAGCCGGCUGGAAUUGUGUCAGAAUCACACGGUCGUCUUCACCGCACCGCACGAGAGCAGUGCAUGGCAGCUCCCAGGGCACAUUCGAGUUGGGGAGCUGUGCUCCUAGCGGCGUUCCUCUUGCUGCUAGACUCGCCGGCAGAUGGCAGGAGACACCUCAUUCGCCACGGUCGUCAGCGGCGGCAGCACCAACACUUGCACCACUUCCAGCAAAACGUGACGCUGGGUUUAAACCCGGGGUCGUAUCAAGAAUCAGGUCCCUGGGGUCCAUGGACUGUUAGCAGUUCCUGCUCGAGGACCUGCGGAGGAGGCGUCGCCUACCAGACGCGAGUCUGCGAGGACUUCAGGGUUGACGGAACACACGGCUGCACCGGCCCAUCCAAGAGGUACUUCUCCUGCAACGUCGAAGAAUGUCCGGACCACACAAAGGACUUCAGGGAAGAGCAGUGUGCUCGGUUCAACAGCAUACCCUUCGAAGGGCGCUACUACAGCUGGGUGCCUUAUUACAAAGCUGCUAAUCCCUGUGAGCUAAACUGCAAACCAAAAGGGGAGCGAUUCUACUACCGACAUUCAGCCAAGACCAUCGACGGUACACGGUGUCAUGAUGACGGCAGCCUUGACGUUUGCGUCAAUGGAGCUUGCAUGCCUGUUGGGUGUGACAAGAUGCUGGGCUCGGACGCCGUGGAGGACAAAUGCCGGGUGUGUCGGGGUGACGGUACCAGCUGCAGCACGAUUGAAGGCGUCUUCGACUUGGAUAACUUACAAGUCGGUUACAAUGACAUCCUGCUGAUUCCAUCGGGAGCAACGAACAUCAGAAUUGAAGAGAAAUUUCCCACAAACAACUAUCUUGCCGUUCGCAACCAGACUGGUUACUACUACCUCAACGGCAACUGGCGCAUCGAGUUUCCCCGGAGCAUCCGGUUUGCUGGUACUGUCUUCCACUACGAGCGGCGCAACCACGGUGCCAACGCUCCUGAGAGCUUGGUUGCCCUUGGGCCAACAAUCGAGACCAUCCUCAUUGUGCUGCUGUACCAGGAGAAAAACCUGGGCAUCACGUACGAGUACUCGGUGCCUCUCGGUGUCAGUCGGCCGCAGCCGGACACAUACAACUGGAACUCGGGAGACUUUGGAGAAUGCUCACAGACCUGCGGGGGAGGUGCUCAGACCCGCCUCGUCUACUGCACGAGCGCAACCACGUUUGAGAAGGUGUCUGACGACCUCUGCAACCCGACAGUCAAGCCCCAAGCCGUCAGGGUCUGCAACCCAGAACCGUGCCCUGCAACGUGGUAUGUUGGGGAGUGGGAAGACUGUUCCAAGUCGUGCGGCAAUGGCACGCAGCUGCGGUUAGUGUUUUGCCAGCGGCGCACCGAGGUUGGCAGCCUGCUGACUGCUGACUCGGACUGCGAGUCCUCGGGUCCCAAGCCGGAACGGCUGCAGGAGUGUAGCUCCGAUGCCGAGUGUGCUUCUUGGGAAGUGGGCAACUGGACGGAGUGUGACCGGCUUUGUGGAGAAGGCACUCAGGUCCGAGAAGUUGUGUGCAUCAACCCUCUUGGUGGUGAGACUGUGGAGGUGCUGGAUGACUCUGGUUGUGAUGAAGCGGCAAAACCACCCACCAACCAAACCUGCGAGCUGCGAACCUGUGAUGGCACGGAAUGGGUUACCUCACCGUGGUCUGGCUGCGAAGUUCCGUGCUCGUCGCGCAUCGAGACCAGGCAGGUGCUCUGCGCCAACGAGGAGGGGAUGCUGUUCCCCGACGAGUACUGCGAUGGCGAGAAGCGGCCCAACACGACCAAACCCUGUGACGAGGACGACAGUGCCCUGGACGACCUGUGCCAGUACAUGUGGUACUACUCCCAGUGGAGCCCCUGUUCCACCGAGUGUGGGAAUGGCAUGCAGACCCGCAAGGUGUUCUGUGGCACCUUUAUCGACGGGAGCAUCGUCAAUGUGACGGACGACAAGUGCGACCCGGCGGAACAACUUAACUCAACUCGGGAGUGUACCGUGGAGGCUGUCUGUAACGGCACUUGGGUCGCCGCUCCGUGGAAUCAGUGUUCAACGCCCUGCGGUGGUGGUCAGCGCACAAGAACUAUCAUUUGCCACGUCAAUGGGAAACCGGCUGCACCGAAGAAUUGCGACGUCAGCAAGAAGCCGUUUGACACCGAGUCGUGCAACAUGAAUGCUUGCGACGAUGACGAAGUGAUCCUUCUGGGAGGCUGCAAAGAUUCUAAGCAUGGCUGUUGUCCCGAUGGCAUGACGCCUGCUGGUCCCAGCUUUGCGGGAUGCCCCAAGGUUACUCCUGUCGAAGGGGGCUGCAAGGCUACAGAGUUUGGUUGCUGCAUGGACGGCGUGACCCCGGCAUUUGGGCCAUUUAUGAAGGGCUGUCAACAGCUGUCACUCUGCAACGGCACGCAGUUUGGAUGCUGCCCCGAUGGCGAGACACCAGCCGAGGGCCCCAACAACGAGGGCUGUCUCUUGGCCACAACUGACUCAGCUCUCUUUGCCAACUGUAGUGCGGCCGAGUGGGGCUGCUGUCCAGAUGGCGUGACGGCCGCCGAAGAUGCGAACAAAACCAACUGCGUCGAAGUUACGACGACCAUGUUCGUCCCGUGCGCCGACUCCCAGUUUGGCUGCUGUCCCGACAACGUGACCGCAGCAGAUGGUCCCGGCGGACUCAACUGCAUCGAGGGCUCGGGUACAGAAGAGCCCUGCCACGGAACGAUGCACGGAUGCUGUCCGGACGGCUGGUCUGUGGCCCAGGGACCAAACAAUGAAGGCUGCCCGCCCUUCUUCCAGGUUACGCCAGUUGCCAAUUGCUCUCUGUCAACUCACGGCUGCUGCGCGGACGGCAUGACUGCGGCCGCAGGUCCGGACGGGCUUGGUUGUGAGGAUGAAAUCGAAGGGAGUGGUACUGAACCAACCGACUGUGAGAACACACUGUUCGGCUGCUGCCCAGAUGGCAAGACGCCGGCAAGUGGUGAAGGAUUCGAAGGGUGCAGCGACUGCAGCAAUACCACGUUUGGUUGCUGCCCCGACGGCAUGACUGCCGCGACGGGAGAGGCCUUUGAAGGCUGUGCAGAAGGCUGCGAGGCUACCAAGUAUGGCUGCUGCCCAGACAAAAUCUUGCCAGCUGAGGGUCCUGACUUUGAAGGGUGCGGGAACUGCACGGAGUCGCUGUACGGGUGCUGCGAGGACAAUGCGACCUUUGCUCUGGGACCCAACGGGGAGGGUUGCUGCCUGGUGACCGAGUUUGGCUGCUGCCGUGACAAUGUCACCGCGGCGUCAGCUGAUGGGUGCAUCUGCAACAUGACAGUACAUGGAUGUUGUCCUGACAACGUUACUGUCGCAUUGGGUCCCGACUUCGAGGGAUGCACCUGUGAGCACCAUGCUUUCGGUUGCUGUCCCGACAAGAAGUCGCCGGCUGAAGGUCCUGACUUUGAGGGCUGUGUCAUCUGCACCAACACAACCUUUGGAUGCUGCCCCGAUGAUGUCACUGCAGCACUGGGACCCAACUUUGAAGGGUGUGAAGGAUACGAGACAAACUGCACAAACACCACAUUCGGCUGCUGCCCCGACGGUCUGCAAGCUGCGGAGGGUGAGAACUUCGCCGGUUGUGCCGUGGCAUGUGAGGGCACCCAGUUCGGCUGCUGUCCCGAUGGACUGGCUCCAGCUUCGGGCAUUGGCUUCGAGGGGUGCGACAACUGCAGCGAGUCGUUGUACGGAUGCUGUGCAGACAACACGUCCUUUGUCCUUGGUCCAGACGGCGAGGGCUGUUGCUUCCACACCGAGUUUGGCUGCUGUCUUGACAACAAGACGGAAGCCCAAGGACCAGACCGGGCUGGAUGCAGCUGCCAUACAACGCCGCAUGGCUGCUGCCCUGAUGGGAUCGCUACAGCUAGUGGCCCCAGGUACUACGGAUGCACGUGCCACAACUAUCCAUACGGCUGUUGCCAAGACAAGCACACUCCGGCUGGCGGUCCCAACUUUGAAGGGUGCAUCUGCUCUCGUCUGCUCUACGGUUGUUGCCCUGACGAUGUCACUCCUGCUGAGGGCCCCGACAUGGCGGGCUGUCCGUGCCAGAUCACAGAGUUUGGUUGCUGCCUCGACAGGCGCACUCCUGCCCGCGGACCCAACCUGGCCGGGUGUGGCUGUGAGACCAUGCCCUACGGCUGCUGCCCUGACCAACGAACACCGGCCCGUGGACCUGGCUUUGGUGGCUGUCCGUGCACAGCGAUGCCGUAUGGCUGCUGCCCCGACCAGCACACUGCUGCCCAAGGACCGGAUGGCAGAGGCUGCGAGUGCGAGAGGCUGCUCUAUGGCUGCUGCCCUGAUCAUCGCACACCGGCCACAGGCCCUAGCCUCACUGGCUGUACGUGCCACCAUUACCCUUACGGAUGCUGCCCUGACGGUCAAACUCCUGCUCGAGGUCCUGAAUACGAUGGCUGCACCUGUGCCAUGACUGCCUACGGCUGCUGCCCCGACGGGGUCACUGCCGCCGCGGGGCGCAAUUUUGAAGGUUGCCAAGAAAAACACCCGGUCGUCCCUGCCAGGAACGUCAGCGCCAGUGUGUGCGGCCUACCCGAAGAGCGUGGCCCCUGUCACAACUAUACAGUCUACUGGUUCUUCAGCAUCGCCGACGGUCGCUGCAACCGCUUCUGGUAUGGUGGCUGCGAGGGAAACGAAAACCGGUUCAUUUCCGAGGAAGAGUGCAAGGACACCUGCGUCAAACCUGAAGGACCUGAUGCCUGCUUGCUUCCAAAGGUGGUUGGUUCAUGCGACGGCGAGUACCAGCAUUGGUACUUCGACACAAUCACUCGAUCCUGCGAAUCGUUCAUGUACGGAGGUUGCUUCGGAAACAACAACCGCUUCGCCAGCAAAGAUCUCUGCGAGCAGACCUGCCUGCACCAGGAGAAGCUGGACCCGUGUGAGCAGUCGGCAGCACCUGGACCAUGCAGGGGUUCGUAUGCGCGGUUCUACUACGACCGGCAGGACAACCAGUGCAAGCAGUUCACGUAUGGUGGUUGCCAGGGCAAUGCAAACAACUUUGCCACGGAGGAGGAGUGCUCGGAACGAUGCGUCAGGCUUAGCGCACAGGAAAUCUGCAUCCUGGCCAAGGAAGAAGGCCGCUGCCUGUCGGAGGACCGCAAGUGGUACUACGACUACGUGGAAGAACGCUGCAAGGAGUUUGUCUACACGGGUUGCCAGGGCAACCGCAACCGCUUCAACACGCGGGACCAGUGCGAGCGCAUGUGCAACUCUACAAGAGUCGCUGUGCCCCGUGACAUCUGCGCCCUGCCGAAGGAAGAGGGCCCAUGUCGGGCAGCCAUCCUGCACUGGCACUACAACAUGGCGCAUGGGCGCUGCGAGCAGUUCUACUAUGGCGGCUGCGAGGGCAAUGCCAACCGGUUCGAGUCGAGGCGUGACUGCGAGCGCGCCUGCCUCUCCAUCGGAAGUCGGAAAAUCUGCCUGCUGCCGCAAGAGUCCGGAAACUGCGUGGAGUUCCGCGAGCGGUGGUACUACAAUGCCGAGGAAGGUCGCUGUCACCGUUUCUAUUACGGAGGCUGCGACGGAAACGAGAACAACUUUGCCUCGCACCUGGAGUGUGAACAGACGUGCGGUCAGCCUGCUCCGACUGAGGAACCCGAGGAAGAGUUCCGGCAUGAGUUCUGCUUCAUGACUAGCGAGGCGGGCCCCUGCACCAACAUGGAGGUGCGCUGGUUCUAUGACAAGCAGGAUGGCGUGUGCCGCGAGUUCUACUAUGGUGGAUGCCUUGGCAAUCGGAAUCGCUUCCGGUCCCGCAGGGACUGCGAGGAGCGCUGCUUCAGUUCACAAGACCUGUGCAUGCUGCCGAAAGUGCAAGGCCCGUGCAGCGGCACGUUCGCCCAGUGGUUCUACGAUCCCGAGACAGACCAGUGCCAUGAGUUCACGUACGGCGGUUGCCAGGGCAACGCCAACCGCUUCAACGACCGCGAGUCCUGCGAGAAUCGGUGCCGUAAGGGGGCGCCGCUGCCUACAGAGCAACCCCCCAUUGAGCGUCCCACACCCCUUGAUGUGUGCACACUCCCCAAACAGCCUGGACCGUGCUAUGGCAAUCUGCCGAUGUGGUACUUUGACGCCGUGACUCGCGAUUGCCGCAGCUUUACCUACGGAGGUUGCGAGGGCAACGACAACCGCUUUGAGUCUCGGGAGCUCUGCGAACAACGCUGUGGUCGGCUUGCUGCAGGGCCGGCCGUAGAACCACCCACCCGGCAUCCGUCUAAGCCUAGGCGCAUUGGAAAAGGUAUAUGCAAGAAAACGGCCGACGCCGGUGACUGCAAUGAUGUAUAUGCUCGGUGGUUCUACGACGUAAAGAGCGGUGUCUGCCUACCAUUUGUGUACACCGGCUGCGGAGGCAAUAAGAACCGGUUCAAGUCGCCUGAAAUCUGCAUGAAGUUCUGCUCUGGGGUUACAAUGGACACCCCCGAACACGAAGUCAGUAAAGCCGACUCGGACGAUAAACAGAUGCCACCGUCUCCUCGGGAGCGCGAGAGACCAGACGAAGAGUUGGACCCACGCGUGAAGCCACCGAUGAUGGUCACGCCAUUUCCGGUACCGUUCCCCUUGACACCGGCAGCUCCACCGCAGACGCCAGCACCGGAGUGCCUGCCAUCAAACUGCGAGGAUCUGCAGUGUCCCCUUGGGAAGAACCAGACUGUGGACCACCGUGGUUGCGUCCAGUGCCGCUGCAGCAACCCUUGCGAGACCUUUUCGUGCCACGAAGAAGAGCUUUGCAGGAUUGAGGCAUACCGAAGUGCCGACGGCAGCCCCAACUAUCGUCCGGUGUGUCGCCUAGUGAACAAGCCCGGCCACUGCCCCGUAGCCGAAGUCGAGGCACAGCCUGCAGCUGUGGUCCGAGCCGACUGCCGAGAUGUUUGCCGAGUGGACGCCGACUGUCCCGAUAUCCGCAAGUGCUGCUACAACGGCUGUGCUCACGUCUGCGUCCAGGCUGUCGUUACUGAGAGUACCCCCUCACAGGCGUCUACAACAACGCAGACUCCAAUUCUAACUCCUGAGCCAACAAAAGAAGACCUGUCUCCGCACGGGCACCGGCCGUCGGAAAUGGCAGCACACGCAAAGCCCGAGGUGACAGCCAACGCCGGCUCUGACGUGACGCUGUCGUGCCUCGACCGGCCGUUCCUGAUAGUGUCCGUCACGUGGACCUUCCGAGAUGAGUCGGUCGAGAGCAAUGAGGGGCGCUUCAAGAUCUUGGUCGACGGCUCGUUGCACAUCUCCCAGCUGACGGGCGACGAUGCAGGCCCCUACCGCUGCACUGCCGACGACGGGCACCAGCAGGUGUCACAUGUCACCAACCUCGUUGUUUUCGUGCCGGCGACAAUCAGGCCCUCGAGCGCGACGGUGACCGUGACCGUGUCAAGCACGGCACGGCUGGCAUGCUUGGCCGUUGGCUACCCGACUCCCGUCGUACAAUGGUACCGGCACGGCAAGCAGCUGCCGCAGCGGAGCGCGCGCUACGCCCAGCUAGCGGACUUCACGCUCGCCAUCCAAAACGUCACGCUCGAAGACGAGGACAUUUACAUGUGCCGCGCGUACAACUACCAUGGCAAGCCGGCCGUCUGGAAGGUGUCCCUCUCCGUGCUGCCGUUGAGUCGGGAGCCGACAGUGCCGGGACGCCGGCGGCGCCGCGGUCAUGGCUCACGGGAUUCAUCAUUCCGGCGCACAGGCAGGAAAAUAUACCUGACCGGCAACGAGGUCGUGACAGUCGACGUGGUGAUAGCUACCGGUGAGAACCGUGUGGGGGCACCACUGCAGCUUGACUGCUAUGUGACCGGCUCUCCCGAGCCACGCGUCUCCUGGCUGCAUGACGGCAAGCAAGUCGAAACGGACAGUCAUCAUGUGCUCAUGGAGAACCACACGCUGUUGAUUCCGUCGGCGGCGAUGUCAGACGGAGGCGAAUACUCCUGUCAGGCGGACAAUGGCCACAGCAAUGAAUCUGUCUCGGUUCACAUCAUCAUGGACGAUAUCUACGUUCCGGAGUCGUGCACUGACAGCCCCCGCUUUGCCAACUGCAACCUCAUUGUGCGUGCUCGUUACUGCACGAACAAGCACUACUCAAGGUUCUGUUGCCGUUCGUGCAUGCUCGCUGGCCAAAUUCACCCUGAUGCCAAUGGGCAUACCAACGGCAAUGGUAAUGGCUAUGGCAAUGGUAAUAGCUAUGGCAAUGGAUAUGGCAAUGGUUAUGGAAACGGCUUCAGCAAUGGUAACGGCUUUGGCAAUGGCUACAUCAACGGAUACAGCAAUGGAAAUGGCCACACCAAUGGAUACAGGAAUUCCACCGGAAACGGGAAUGGGAAGGUUAAUGAACUUGCCUAAGCAAAUGUUGUCGAUUCUGCAACUCAGGGUUGUUAUUUUUUUUCCCCAGUCUUUUUGUAUUCGAUUUUCAAUGGUCUAAGCUCUCUUCUGAGUUUGCAAUAACUCUUCGUUUUUUUUUUUUUACAUAAAUUGUGGUGAUUGUGGCACUUAGUGCAUGUGCCUUAUCAUGGAAGUGGCAGUUUAUACCAUUGCAUCAUCUUGUUGUUAACAAGGUUCUUCCUUCUGGACUCAAUUCAGAGCCUAGUGUCAACACAUUUGCCAGGACUGAAUGUAAACAUCUUUGGUAAGACGUCUGACUGCCACUUGAAAGAAAUGCAGAGUUCUCAGCCUUAAGAACAGCAUCAGGUUGAUAAUCAAAACCGAUUGCGGAAGAUGCAACAUUCUCAGCCUCAGGAACAACAUCAGAUUGAUCUAAUCAAAACUGAUUUCUUAAGAUCACUUGCAAUUUUUACACUGAUGUCUUAAAAAAUUAUUUCAUUGUAUCAUGUAAUUAGUUACUCCCUAAGUGUGACAUAGUUCCACAGGCUGUUGUGUUCCUUUGUACUACUUUGAGAAAUGCACUGGCCUGGUGAUAAGCUGACGUCAGCUUUGUACGAUGUCAUUUGGCAUGCAUUUCCCCGAUUAAGUGGUCCCUGAACUUGUUUUCUCCACUUUCUUACAUGUGUUGCUUUAACACUGCAUUACCUUGCAGAAGUCAUAUGGCUUUGUGUGCAAUACGUCAAGCCUCAGAAAAAGAAAACACAAAAGGCAUUGCCAUGCAGUAGUUAGUUAAAUCAAAGAUUGGGAUGUCAUUACUUGCGGCAUAUGCACUUUCGAGAAAAGAGGUACUGCUGAAGCACCAGUGAAGAACUGAGGGCCUGCAAGAAAUGAAUGCCACUUAUUCUUUUUUUCUCUUCUUUGUUCAUUAUAUACACAAAUGAAUUGCACUUAAUAUGCAAAUUCCUUUAGUGACAAGAGCUGUUACUUAAUCUGAGCUUGGGGCCCACUUGUCAUUACAAACGUGCCUACACAGCCAUUUGUGCCAUUUUUAAAGGAUGCUUGUUAAUUGCGCCGAGUUCCUACUCAAAGUGUUGCGCUUUGAUGUUGCCAAACAAGUUUCGUUAUAAUGGGCAGGACCGGGGCUUCAUUACAUUACAUAACUGGGGCUUCAUUACAAAAGUGUGCUGAUGGAACUUGCGUUUUAAGCGCAGAAAUCAUUUCUUGACGCACGCAGCAAGAAACUUUAGCAGAUAUCGAUGGGAACCUUAUCUGUAGUCAGUGCAGUAUUACCCCCACAAGUUACGCUCCCCACAUAAUGUGUUCCAUGUGCUGUGCUUGUUUCGCAAAACACAGGUUCUAAGCCCAGUGGCCACAAGCAAUAUGCACCUGCCGGUAAUGUUACUCGCAGACUGCCAAACCUUGAUUGCGUGUCUCGUUUUUUGCCUGUGGUUUUGUCACGGUGAGUUCUGCCGGGCGAUCCGGAGGAGUUGCGUGAAUCCUUAAAGUGAGCGUACAUACUUGCGAAUCUCAACAUGCCAGACACGAAAGAAAUGCUCUGCGCCAGAUCAUAGUAGGUCGUUGGUUACAUUCCGACACCUAAAGGCGAUGGAAUCCCUGUGAUUGCAGUUGUCAAAACUUGACUAUACCGCUGUAACCUGCUUUAUUGAAAAGCUCGUUGAAUAAUUGUCACCAACCUAGUUUGAGCCUCGAAGGCAGCAAGUGCAGCGGCAGGAGGAAAAAGCAGUAUGUCUUGCACAAAUGCUGACAUACAGUGCUGAAAUGAAACAAACUCAGCCUCUCAGCUGAUGGAAGUGACAUGGCAUUUCGUUGACGUUUCGGCCAAGUCUGUGCUCCAGUGAUCAAGAAAACAAGUUAUCUGCUCUGGAGGAGUAAUUCGAUUAGAAAAUAACAGUGGUUAACAUGAACUCAUUCUAAGUACACCCGUUAAAAAAAAACAAAUCUUGUGCUACAGAAUGCAAGGAAUCCGCCCCUUCUGGAUCGCCCUGUGGAAUGCGCCAUCACUUUUGCAAUACUAUAUACCCAACACUGCCACUGUGUCAUAUUACAAGAUGCUCUAGUCUGUCACCACCACCUCUCCAAUGCAUUCCACGAGAGAUGAGCAUGGAACAGCAUUUGUGUAUGUUUUUUUUUUGUAUGUGUUUGUGUUGUUGUCCUUCCAGUAGUGUCCCCUGCGCAGUGACUUUGUUUUGCAUUUUGUUCAUUUUCCGGGAGCAAUUUUUCAGUAGCCUGUAGAACAGGAUUUUGUGCUUCUUAUACUGAUUUACUUCAUUUUAAGAACUUUACUCUCACUUUGCCGCUUUCACUUUUUUUACUUCACCCUUUGCUCAUCAUAAUGCUGCCGGAACGUGUGUGUAGAUGCGAUCGCAGCUGCAUUGAACUUUGCCUCAUGAUCAUGAGCUCAAAGUGAGCAAACUUUACAAGUUCCCAAUCCUAUUUCUCAUCAUUUACGGUAACUGUACUGCAGUCAGAGAUAAGCACUCCUGUUAUAUGGUCUUGUAGUACUUACGUGAGCUGUGCAGUCAUAUGCACAUGAAACACACUCCAAUGCAAUCACUAGAAUGUGCAUGGAGUAGACUGCGAGCUUGCUUGCAUGCAAAGGAUACGUGGACAUUUACGUGUUCCUAAGAACAGCUGGAUCAUUGCCAUAGAAUGUCAUUGCCUUUUGCCAAAUUGUGAACAAUCCAGUGCAGAAGGUAAUCUCCACCUGUGAGGCUUCUAUGUCGUUAACGCCUCAAUGCUGCACUUGAUUUCACAAUAGCACCAUUAAUCUACCACAAGACCAAGAAACUCAACUCGGGCGUUACAGUAAUGUUUUAGCGAAGCACAUUUGUGCAACAAUGUGUACGAAACAGAGCAUGUGCUUUUGGAUCAAGCAUAGAGUCUCUGCACACUGCAUAUCUUCCAAGUUUUUGCAGCGUUUGCUAUUUUAAGUGAACUUUCCUUUUUAACCAUCUCCCUUAAAACAUAAGAGAGAUUCAUAGCUUAUUUGUGUGCAUUGAAAGAUGCUUUUGAAAACUGCAUUUUCUCAGUGGAGAAAUAUUUUUAUUAACCGAGAGAUUGAUGGUAAAUGUUUCUUUUUAUUAAAUAUUGCACUCAAACCAUGGUGGCAAUGACAUUGUUUUGAUGUCAAUUGCUUUAUGGUAUUUCUGCAUGUUUAAUUGUUUUUUUUUUUAGCACAAUAAGACCUGGAAGUUCUGAGGUUGCAUUUUUUUCCCCGGGUAACUGCAUAUAUACUGUGUUCCUUUUUGCCUUGGCUAGCCUUGGCCUUGGCCUUGACCAGACAAUUCCAGAACCUAUGACAUCACAGGAAGCUUGUGAGGGAGAUGUCAAAGUAGCUUUACUGCGUGUCACACCUUCACAUAAUUUCUGGUUGCCAAACCUGUCCUAGUACGUAUUUGCAGUUCCAGAAGUGGAAUCUACGAAUCAAGCUUGGCUUUUUUUUUUUUCGGAGACCACUGCACGGUUCAUUGAAGUCUGAUGUAGGCAAAUCUCUUUGCAAGUGUCUGCACAGGCACAAACAUUACGGUGCAGCGAUGUUAUGCAACACUGAAAGAGAUUCAUAUUGUAAGAUCUGAAUGAUUUCAAGCAAGGCUAUGCGUCAUUUCAUCUCUGGCACACAGCUUGCUUCAGGCCAUAUAGAAAGGCACAGUACCAUUGUUUCAUCUAUUCUGCCUUACUGUACAGUAUUAUUUUUUUCCUCUGCAGUUUUUUGACCAAACAAGCUGCAGUGUUGCACUCUGUUGCUUCAGUGAACGUCUUAAACUGUUUUGACAGUAUUGUUUCCAUGAAUAUUUAAAUGUACUUGGGCAUUGGUGCUUUUGGGCACAAAUGUCUUUUUUUGUGUGUGGGACAAGUGCUUUCGCAAGUGUGUGUAAUCGUCUCGUCUUGUACAUAUAAAAGAUGAAUUGGCAGUAUAUUCUGGCCUGCUGUGUUCUUUCUGCGGAAGCUGUCUGGCACAGUUUAGCCAGGAGCUUUAUUUCCUGACACGCUUGUGCACUUCGUUGCAUGCCACCUCAUCUCGUCACUUCACAAGUCUUUAGAUGCAUUUCAUUUCAAGGGGUCAGCUGACUGUGAGAUCGAAGCAGUAUAUAUGUGUGCUAGCAAAGCGUGCUGAUUGUGUUCAUUUGUGUGGUUGUCAUACAGUCAAACCUCAAUAUAACGAACCUCGAUUUAAUGAAAUUUGCAAUGUAACGAACUAUUUUUAUUUUCCCAUCUUAGUUAUAGUGAAUUAAUGAAACCUCGAUAUAACGAAAUUCUCGCUAUAACGAAGUUUUCCGCUGUAAGUACAACUUCGUUAUAUCGAGGUUUGACU